UUCCCAUAAAAGACCCCAAAUCCUGACCGGGCCCCAUAAGCCUGCAAGAUGUCUUGCAGACAAACCCCGCGGACCCUGCUCCUUUGGGGAAGAGGAGCAGCUUUGUCACUUGUUGCUGAAAAGACAGCCUAAUAGCUGUUUCAAUAUGCAUGGAUGUCUUUCAUCUAAGCCCAAUAUCUGUUUUUAACGUGCAUGGCUUUGUCCUCGCGUUCCUGUUCGGCUCCUUGGGCUCUCGCCUCUCCCAGUGCUACGUUGACGGCCCCUACGGGACCCCGACGCGGCGGAUCUUCACCUCGGAGCACGCGGUGCUGAUCGGCGCCGGCAUCGGCAUCACCCCCUUCGCCUCGAUUUUGCAGAGCAUCAUGUACAGGUACCGCACGAGAAAGCAGAGCUACUGUGAUGUUUUCACCCCAAAAACAUGUCAAAUGAAAAGAAGAGCAAAGUCCAGCCUGACGCUGCGAUUGCAAACAUGCUGCAAGAAGCUGCUGGUGUGCAGUCGAAGCGCGGAGUGCAAUGGAAGGCGCACGUCCUCUAGCACGGCGCAGUCGCCUCUGGCGGUCAACACCGCGCAAGACCGCUGCGAAAAGCCAAGAGUCGGCGCUCAGAGCCCGCCGGCGAGCGGCUCCCGGGAAGCUUAG